AUGGAACAGAAGAAAGGUAAGGAGCAAAUUGUUCUAGAGAAUAUACCAGAAGAAGAAGAGGUUGGGCAGAAGGUUAAUGAAGUUGUUUUGGAUCAUAAACAUGGUGUGGAUGACAAUAUUAAUCUGGAAUCAAUUGCUGGAUUGUUUUUGCUCUGUUCAUGUUCUGUUCAGCUAGUUUUCUACGCAUUCCAGCUGGGUUGCUCCUGCCAUUUUGCUAUUGACUGGUCUCACUCUGCUGGGUUGUUGUUGCUUUCUCCAGGGGCUGCUCAACAAGGUUUUUCACGGUUUUAUAGCAGUUGGUUCUUAGCUGGAUUUCCAGCUGAUUUUUCUGUUUUUCAGCUGGUUUUCAGCUAG